GGUGCAGAGCUUGACGUUGGACGAGGUGAGCAUAAAAAGAGUGUAAAGUUGGCAGAGCAUUUGCUAUUCCAGUACGCCAAAGUGGCACUUGCUGCUGCCGGGCAGCGGAGGAGUGGGUGCCAGAGAAACCGGUUCACUUGGCACGCCUCAUCGUGCGACCUGAGGCGAACUGGCAGUUCUCCUCGAGGCAGGCGGAAGAGGCGAGACCGGACUCAGCCAGCAGACCGGAGUGGUGUCACUGACUCGAGAGUGCCCAUUAUUAUUUAUUGCUGCAGCAAGCACAUACGGCCCGAGUAUGUACGGAUUGUUAUCUACCUUGCCCGGCCAACAAGACGGCCAGCUGAAUUCCCCUCACGGCAGGGUCAAAUUCAAUAA